AUGGUUAGUAAUGUUAUAUUGAUAAUAUUCAUUUGUUUUACUAUUAAUUCAAUUGUAAUUGGUCAUUUUAUUCAACCAAAUGAUAUUGAUGAUGUCUUCAUGUCUGGAAUCAAAUUUGAUUUUAGUGAGUCAAAACCUGAAGAUAAUGUAACAUAUUAUUCUUAUCAUAUUCAUGUAUAUUUUUUACAAAAAAAUUCUAAACAACGAAAUGAGGCUAUUCAAUUACGAAAUCGAUUUCUUGCUAAAUUUAAUGUUAGCAACUGUAAUGAUUAUUGUGAAACAUGGUGUCCUCGAAUUUGUCAUUGGAAUUUAAAUAUGUUACCUGUUGGACCACAUCCUAUUGGUUCAUGGGGCGUCUAUAUACCACUGAAACUAUUCACUCAAACAAUUUCAUUUAUAUCAAUGUAUCACGGUACUCUAACUGUUUUGAUACAUCCGAAUUCAGGUCGUCCUAAAAUUGAUCAUCUUGUCAAUGCUCUUUGGAUCAAAUCUAUCUUGCCACUUAAUGCAAUUCGUCGAGCAUUUUCCACUGUUGAUGAUGAUAAUGAUGGAUUAGUACGUACUAAAGAUCUUCCAGCUAUUUUUAAACAGUUCGAAGAAAAUGUUCAAUCAUUUAUUAUCGAAGAAGAUGAAUUAAAACAUUUACUUGAUCAAAAUAAUAUUGGUGAUUCUGAUCAAAUAACAUUUACACAAUUUAUAACUCUUAUUGCAUGUAAAGUAAAUGUAGACGAUAAUGUUGAAGAAUUACAAGAAGCAUUUAAUAUUUUUGAUCCUACCAACACCGGUUUUAUCACUGUAAAAGAUCUAUUACGUGUCAUGCAAAGUAUUGGUGAAAAUAUAUCGGAAGCUGAAGCUGAAGAAAUGAUGCGUUAUGCUGAUCGAGAUUUAAGUGGAAAAAUAAGUUUUGCCGAAUUUAUUGAAAUAAUUCGACAUUCAUAA